UCUUCCCAGUGAGGCUUGGAGGUUGAAGACUCCGUGAGACCCAUAAGCCGUGUUCCUUUUUAUCUUCCUGCUUGUUAUUUUAUCUGCAUGCGAUCACCAACCUAUGUUCCUUUGUCUGCGCUCUUCUGCUUCAUCUGCAUGCGAUCCAUAGCCUCACAACGAAAAGACACGAGGAGAUGGAGAAGAAUGUUUUCGUUGUGGUGGGAAGAGGAGACAAAAGUAGGGAGUACAGGAAAGGGAACUGGACGCUCGACGAGACGAUGGUUCUGAUCCAGGCAAAGAAGAUGGAUUGCGAGAGGAGGGAGCAGAGGUUGAAGGAGCUGCCUCGAGGCAGCAGCGGUAGACCGCAAGAGAUGAGGUGGAAAUGGGUGGAGGAUCGCUGCUGGGGACGUGGCUGCUACAGGAGCCAAAACCAGUGCAACGACAGGUGGGACAAUCUCAUGAGGGAUUACAACAAGGUCAGAGCAUACGAGACGAGCUCGAGCGUCGGAGGAAACCCAGAUUUAUCUUAUUGGAACCUCGAGAAGAACGAUAGGAAGGAAAGGAAUCUGCCCUCCAAUGUCUUGCCUGAGGUAUAUGAAGCUUUAACUGAGGUAGUGCAGAGGAAGAGGAGCGGUGCUGCAUCUGCUCCACCUGGAAGACCAAUGGAAGAGAAGAGGAGACGCGGCCCAGGUGCAGGAUCACCAGCUCCACUACAUGCUCGACCGGUGACCACCACAGAUUCCGAAGAUAGUCAGCAUCCAAUCUCACCGCAAAGAAAGAGGAAAAGAGGAGAAGGAAGCAGCAGCAACACCCUCGAGCUCAGUUCUGCAAUCAUGAAAUGUGCUUCCAUUAUGGCAGAGGCACUCCAAGCAGGUGAGAAGCAGGAGGAGGUGAGGCACAAGGAUCUCAUAAGCAUAGAGAGGAGGAAGGCCAAACUUGAGGAGUCGAAGUCAGUGAUGGGUUUGCAGUCCAUGGACGGCUUGGCUGCUGCCAUCAACAUGCUUGCCAGCUCAAUCCUUGGUUUAGUCACUGGCAGGGUGCAGAAGCUCCAGAAUAAAUGAACAAGAACAUGGCCAUAAAUGUCAAGCACUGGGCCAGGGGAGGGGGAGGGGAAAAGGAAAAGGGUGGCUUUGUUGUGCAUUCAUUCACCACUGGUUUGGAAUCAUUGGAGGAAACCUCAUCUUUGAUCACCCAUUCUUACUUCCAAUCAUGAAUCAUACUGGGCCUGUGGGAAUCUCUGCUGUGACUCUCAUGUCAUGAUUGCUUUAGAAGAAGCUCAUGGAGUAAGAUGCUCUCUGUGUAUACCACAUCGAAACAGUGUCACGAAAGUGAGUGUGUGAGUGCAGAGAGAUUUGAGAUACUGAACAACUAAAUCUCCUUAGAGGAGAGGUGGCAUUUACUUUGUGUCAGAGAUGCUUUGUUUUGUUGAAUGAGAGAACCACUGUCCUGUGUGGAAUGGGUGAGGUUUGUGAGAUGGAUGCA